AUGUGCAGAAGAGGGAGAGUGACUAGACUUGUAAUAGUUGGCUUUGUCACCACAUUGCUAUUAUUCAUAUCAAAUGCUCGAUCUAAACAGGAUGUGUUUAUCCCCCCACAUUUCCAGGAUAUAAAUCAUCAAAUUGAAACAAGUAUUUUACUACAACCAAUUGUACAAUACUUACAUUCGAAAUCUCCGAUUGAAGAUAUAAGAGGAGGAAUAGAUUUCCAUUCUUCUGUGUAUGAACAAAUUUUCAAUGUUCAUUCGAUUAACUCAGUGCUAACAAAUUUGAAUUUUCAACAAAGAUGUGACUUGUAUUUCAACAACUUAUAUGUUGAGAACCUUAAUUGGAGUUUAGAUCCAGAUGAUUUAGAUAUACACUACGAGGAGGGUGAUAAAUUGAAAUAUCAAUACGACACUUUCAAAGAAUUAUUCAUGGAGGAGCUUAAGCUUGGAUUUUCACAAGAUACCGAAAGUCCACUUCAUUCCAUCUCGGAAGAUAUUCCUAAAUUUAAAGAAUAUAUGGAGAGUAUGUAUAAUUUGAAUUGGAGAGGACUCAUGGAGACUGAACAGAAGGUUAUUGAUUAUCUUUCCAUUGUAAGGAUUUUUAACAAGUGUUAUAUUUCUCCACACUAUACUUCGCAAAAGGAGUUUACUAAAGCACAAAAGAAAGAUUUAACUAAGCUUGGAUUACAUGACAAAUUUAGGGAGAGUCACGACGAAAAGCAGUUGAAAACAGAAGGGAAUAAUUAUGAAAAUUUGGAGAAUCGAAUACAUCCUUGGUUUAAUUUCAGAUAUCCAAUAUAUACCAGAUGGACAGGAGAAGAAUAUUCUGAUCCCAGAGAUAUCCAUAAACAUGUAACUAGCAUGAAAUAUAAAUCAACAAAGGGUAAAGCAUGUUUUCUUUCUCAAUUCCAAAAAUCAUUCCUUGGAAAGGGAUUAGUGGUUACGAUUGCUGAAAGGCAUGUAGACGAUAUGAUCAGAUUAAUCCAUUCCCUUCGAGCUUUGAAUAAUAAGCUCCCAAUAGAAUUAAUAAAUUAUAAACCUAUUUCACAAAAUUCAAUCGCUAGGAUAAUUAAAGCUGCCCGAGAGCCAUUUGACGAAUUAACAAAUUCAUUCCAAAAGGUAUCGAAAUAUUUCCCCCAGAAUUACCGACAACAAAUUCCCAAACAAGAAAUAUGGUUUAUUGACGCAAGUGUAGCUAUUAAUGAGAGAUAUCAGACCAAAUUUAGAGGAUGGGGGAACAAAUUGGUUGCCUUGUUUUUCAGUACUUUCAAAGAAGCCAUAUUGAUAGAUUCUGAUACGGUAUUUUUCCAACCUCCUGAAUCAUUAUUUGGUUUCAACGGAUAUCAAGAAACAGGGACUUAUUUCUUCAAAGACAGAAGAGCGGGUCCGGAACAACCAGCAUCCAUCCGGAAAUUUUUCACAAAAUUAAGUCCAUCAAUUAUUGAUUCGAUAAUGUUUGAUAUACCGAUAAUGUCUAAUCAUUCUUUACUGACGGGGUUCUUUCAGGGAUAUGAACAUACUAUGGAAUCAGGAGUAGUUGUGAUUGACAGAUCUAGAUAUUUUGAUUCAAUCUUAAUGAUGAUGCAAUUUCAGAUUCUAGAACCUACCAGGAAUCGAGUGUAUGGAGAUAAGGAAAUAUUUUGGUUAGCUAUGGCUGCGAAUGGGGUUGAAGAUUUUGUAUUCAAUAAAUAUGAUGUUGCUGCAGUUGGUGAUAUUGGAGAUCCAAUUUUUGAUACAGAGUCACAAAAAUCUCUUAAAAUAUGUACUUCACAUCCUGCACAUAUAAAUGGAGAAGAUGGAAACAGUUUACUUUGGAUAAAUGCUGGAAUGUCAUUUUGCAAAUUUUAUGAUGAUUUAGAUUAUACUGAAGAAUUAAGAAUUCUAGGUCCGGGAACACGACAUACCCCGGAAAGUUUGCGCCGUAUUUAUUCCUCACCAGUAAGUAUAUCAGCAGCUAUUAUCCCACCUGAUUUUCCAGGAGUAAGAAAUAAUAUUGAAAAUGAACCAAAUAUUAAUUGGGGUCCUUCACCUUAUGGAACAUAUUCUUGUGAUGCAUGCGUUUGGUGUGCAUAUUCUCAGAUUGGAGGAUUGCAAGAAGACGGAAGUGACAAUACCAUGUAUGGCAAAGUAAUUCAUUUUGAUCAGAAGCAGAAGGAUAUAAUUAAGUAUAUUGGUGAUAUUUGGUCUCAGGCAGUCUAG